AUGGAGCUACGGCGUCUCCUUUUUGCCCUGAACUCCAUGAUGCUUCUGGAAGGGCUAUGCCAGUGCUUCAACAUCGACGUGAAGAGGCCCAGAAUCUUUAACGGACCAGACAGCGCACUGUUUGGCCUCUCCGUGCUUCAGCAUGAGGCAGGGGGAGAAAAACUGAUGCUGGUUGGAGCCCCAUGGGACGGGCCAGCCAAUAAUAGAAUAGGAGACAUCUACAAAUGCGUAGCUGGAGACGAGAGAAGUUCUAACUGCACUAAAAUCAACCUGGCAGAGACAGCACUGCAGAACAUCUCACAGCAGCUGAAGAAUUCCCACCUAGGGAUGACACUGAGCCCAAACACCCCGGAUGGCUUCCUGGCAUGUGCCCCCCUGUGGUCACAGGAGUGUGGCACAUCGGUGUUUAGCACUGGACUAUGUACAUCAGUCAGCGACAGCCUUGAGCCCAGGAAAACCAUCGCACCCACUGCACAAAGGUGCUCCACCUUCAUGGACAUAGUGAUUGUGCUGGAUGGCUCCAACAGUAUAUACCCUUGGUAUGAGGUACAGAACUUCCUCAGCAACAUCCUCAGCAAGUUCCACAUUAGUCCAGAGCAAAUGCAGGUGGGGGUGCUCCAGUACGCAGAGGUGUCAACACACGAAUGGUCUCUGAAGGACUAUCAGACCACACAGGAGGUGGUGGAGGCUGCCAAGAAUAUCAGCCGCCAGGAGGGCAGAGCGACACGCACAGCAUACGCCAUACACAUGGGCUGCACAGAGGCCUUCAGUCCAGAGAGAGGUGCAAGGGAAGGAGCAACAAAGGUCAUGAUUGUGGUGACGGACGGGGAGUCUCAUGAUGGGGAAGAGCUUCCAGAGGCCCUUGCUGAGUGUGAGAAGCGCAACAUCACUCGCUAUGCCAUUGCUGUGCUGGGGCACUACAUCCGCAGACAGCAGGACCCGGAGACCUUCAUCAACGAGAUCAAAUACAUCGCUAGCGACCCUGAUGAGAAGUACUUCUUCAAUGUGACGGAUGAGGCAGCACUCAAUGACAUUGUGGAUGCUCUUGGGGACAGGAUCUUCAGCCUGGAGGGGACUCUGGGUUACAAUGAGAGCUCCUUCAAGAUGGAGAUGUCCCAGAUUGGAUUUUCAACACAUAUCCUGGAUGAUGGGAUCCUCUUUGGAAUGGUGGGAGCAUAUGACUGGGAUGGAGGUGUGCUGAAAGAGAGCAGUCAGGGGCGCAUCAUGCCUCUGCGGGAGGCUUUUGAGAAGGAGUUCCCUCUGGAGCUGAAAAACCAUGCCGCUUACCUUGGAUAUACAGUGUCCUCUGUCAUACUGAAGAAUAGGCAGAGGCUGUACAUAGCUGGAGCACCACGGUUUAAACACAAAGGCAAAGUCAUCCUGUUUGAUCUCAGGGAUAAUGGAGACGUCAUAAUCUCUCAGUCCCUCAGUGGAGAGCAGAUUGGCUCCUAUUUUGGCAGCGAGGUCUGUGGAGUGGAUGUAGACCAGGACGGGACAACUGAUGUUCUGCUUGUGGCUGCACCCAUGUUCCUGGGGGCUGGGAAUAAAGAGACUGGGAAAGUUUAUAUGUACACACUGAACAGAAGGUUGUUUACACCAAACGGGACCCUCCAGUCACACGAAAAAGCCCAGGAUGCGAGGUUUGGCUACGCUAUGACAGCGGCUCCCGAUCUCAACCACGAUGACUACGCUGACCUGCUAGUGGGAGCACCUCUGGAAGACAGUCAUCGUGGAGCCAUCUACAUUUACCAUGGCCAAGGCACCAGUAUCAACCCUCAGUUCAAACAGCGCAUUGCAGGCUCAGCUCUUUCCCAACAUCUGCAGUACUUUGGACGCAGCAUGAGUGCCAGAAUGGACCUGGAUGGCGAUGAGCUGCUGGAUCUGGCUGUGGGGGCGCAGGGCAGUGCUGUGUUGCUGAGCUCCCGUAACAUCGUGCAGAUCAAUGUCAGCCUGUCCUUUCAGCCACAUUCCAUCAACGUCAUUCAGAAGAACUGUCAGAGAGGGACAAGGGACUCUGCCUGCCUCAAUGCAACUGCCUGCUUCCUGGCCCUCUCCCGCUUCCCAGGCUCCCAUGGGAGGACCUUUGAACUUCAGGUGAAUGCCACGCUGGAUGACAGGAAAUUGUCUGCACGGGCACUUUUUGACAACAACUCCCAGCGACAGACUGUCAUCGGGGUGGAGGCUCGAGUCGGGGCGUCAGUCUGUCUUACACUGCCCUUCCACGUCUUUGACACAGCUGACUAUAUCAGGCCCAUUGGCUUUACCCUACGUUUCAAGAUCAAUGACACCGAGACAGCACCCGUAUUGGACGAGGGUUGGCCCACACCGGUCAAGAAGUUUAUCCCAUUCUUCAAGGACUGCGGUGAAGAUGACGUGUGUGUCACUGACCUUGUGCUACAAGCACACAUGGACAUCUCAGGAACAAAACAGGAGCCAUAUGUUAUUCGCAGUCCGCGGCGGCGCCUGGCAGUGGAGGUCACUCUGCAUAACCGCCAGGAAAACGCCUACAAUUCCAGCCUGAUGCUGUUCUACUCCCACAACUUGCACUUCUCCAGCAUCAAUGUCAGGGAGGACUUCCAGUUUAAGAUCGAGUGCACAGCUCUGAGUGCCAGCAGCCACUCCUGCAACGUCAGCUACCCAGUCUUCCGCUCGCAGUCCAAGGUAACCUUCACACUAGAGUUUGAGUUCAGCUGCACAUCCCUCCUCAACAAGGUUCAGAUGAACCUCACUGCCACCAGUGACAGUGUGGAGAUGGAAGCCACACAACAUGACAACAGCGUUCAGCUGGAGAGUGUGGUUCAGUAUGAGCCUGACCUCUUCUUGACCAGUGACUCCAAUCUGAACCGCUACGAAGUCCAUCCAACUCGCACUGCAUCGGAAGGGCUAGGGCCCAAGUUCUACACUAAUUUCAGACUGCUGAAUCUGGGCUGCUACUCAGUCAUCAAUCUGGAUCUGAGGAUUCGCCUGCCCAUUGUGGCAUCUGGAGACAGGGUCUUCAUGUCUGUCAUUGACGCCAGCUCUCUCAACGUGUCGGGGGUGAACUGCAAAGUGCAGAAUGACCUGUCGUGGCUCAAGGACAGACAGCGAGACGUACGUCCUCUGCACCCUGAGGACAUGCAGCAGACAGACCAGCUGAACUGCAGCAGGGCCUGGUGUGCCGUUGUGGUAUGUCGGAUUCGGGAGCUGCUCCGUGGGCAAGUUGCUCAUAUCCGGGUGACCAGAAGGGUCCAUGACAAUUUCUUCAGACAGGCCAAGUUCAAAGCAGUGAAGAUUGUGAGCACCUACAGCCUUGGGGUCCAAGAGUCCAGUUUAGUCACAUUGGGGAACAGCGCCCUCUGGAGGGAGACGGUGCUGGAGGUGCUGAAGGGCCGCUCCAUCCCCAUAUCUCUGUGGAUCCUCAUUGGCAGUAUCAUUGGAGGCCUUUUGCUUCUGGCACUCAUCGUCUUCAUCCUGUGGAAGCUGGGAUUUUUCACAAGAAAACAGCGUAAUGAAGAGGAUGAGCAAACCCACAACUGAACCAAUCACCGUGGCAACAGCACCAGGAAGCAAUAUGUACGCUAACGCUGCCUUAUCUAACCUUAGACUGGCAAAUUUAGCAGAGUCCCGUAAAUGAUGGCUUGAAACAGGUCCGUGAUGCAUACAGACAUCCAGACUGGCUCAACACACGCACCCGACAGGUCAGCC